AUGCGCUUGUGUCUCAUCUUCCUGCUAUUUUUCCUAAUAUGCGUGGUAGCUUUUGAACCAAGGAAGAGUGCGGACGGAAGAAGGCCUGAAAAAAGCGAUAAAGCGGCCGCUAUCAAGGAAAAGAAGGCUAAAAAAGGCGAGACCGAGGUGACUACAGUGAGUUUUCGAAUUUCCCAAUGGAGUUCAGAUAAAAAACUUUAGGGAGAAGAUGAAAACAAUGAGGACUAUGAUUACGAAAGCAAGCCGGAAAAAGUGAAGAAGGAGAAGAAAAACCAAAAGGUAGACAUUAUCUGGUUUUGGGAUGAGUCAUUGAUUUUUCAAUACAUAUUUCAAAAGCCUUGAUGCCAUCGGAAAUAACAGUUUAGUUUGUUUUUAUGAUAAUAAUCAUCUUUUCAAACUCUGCUUUACUUUUUGCAGAACGUCAAUCGUAUCAAAUCUAAAAAAAAAGAUCAAAACAAUUAGUGCAACGACGCGCUCAAUUAAACCUUUAUCAUCGUCAAUUAAAAAUUAGUGACGAAAGCGUUUUAAUUGUCAGAGUACAAGUUUUCAGAAUCAAACGUGCAAAAAGAUCAACUGAACCAAAUGAAAAACAAUUUCAUUCAAAAAAAUAAUUGUAAUGCAAUUUUACAGAAGAAGCAAAAGCCUACCGACGAGGAAGAAGUGUUUCGGGAUGAAGACGACGGAGACGAUGACGAUACCACUGCUUAUGAGGUUUCUUCUAAAAUAUUAAUUUUUGAAAAAAACUUCAAUUUUUUUAGGCGUGUUCUGGUGGCCGCCAGGAGCUCUGCCAUUGCGACCUGAAUGAGUUGAAUUGUGGAAGCGUUAGUCAUCUUUUUUUAUGCUUAAUAAACUACAAAAAAAUUCAGAUCGUGAUGGACAGUGAUGAUCCGCACCUGAGAACGACCAACCUCAAAAAUUAUGAAAGAAGAUUUUGUAGUUUACACGGCCAACUUUUCGUCCAACUCCAUUGUCCACUUGCAUGAGGUUCAGACAUAGCAAUACUGCUUCAAAUAGAGAGUUUCAGGGAUUAAUCGUCCCGGCCAUCGAAAAAUCGGUCUCUAUCUUGGAUUUCUCCUACAACAAAAUCCAGUUCAUCGAUGUCCAGACUUUCGGAAAGUUCAAGAACUUGACAAAACUCAAUCUCAGCAGCAACAAGAUCUCUUCUUUGAAACCGUGAGGAAAAUCCAGCACUCUCUGAUUAGAAAAGUUUUUUCAGAAGCCAUUUCGCUAAUCUUGGUGACACUCUCCACAAGCUGGAUCUUAGCAACAAUGCUAUUACCAAGAUUUCUGAUGGCCUUUUCGAUGAGCUCAAGAAUUUGAAAAAGCUGAUUCUUGAUGGAAAUAAGAUCAUCAAAUGGAGGUCCGUUUUUUUUUCAACUCUCCUAUGUAGGAAUCGUAUAAAAAGCAAAAAUUUGAUGUGAGCGUGACAAAAAUUUUUUUUUGUUUUUGUAUUUUUAGUGCAAACAUACUACAAACUUCUGACGAACUUCAAAAAAAAAAAAAUUUCAGGAAAACUAUGUUCCGUGGACUGAAAAACUUGAAAGAGUUGAGCUUGGAUAACUGCAACAUCGAAGAGCUGCCGGCUGACAUUUUCGAUGAAUUGCCGUAAGUGUCAGGUUUUUCGAAAGUUUCCAUUAAAAUCGAAAUUACAGAGCAUUGACGGAAAUUUCCCUCCGGAACAAUCCGUUGACAGUUUUGCCGACAGCCGUCCUCAAUCUGGAACUACUUGAAGACCUCGAUAUCAGGUACGUUUUGAAGCAUUUUUCCUAUGAUUCUGAGUAUUUCAGUGAAACGAAGAUUGCUGAACUUCAUGAGUACGCCUUUGGAGAAGAUCUGGUGAAGCUGGAAGAGCUGUACAUGCAGAACAUGCCCGACUUGUACACUGUCAGAAGCCAUGCGUUCUGCGGAUUAUCCAGCUUAAAGGUGAGCUAGAAGACAAAGUCAUUAAAGAGAUUUUAGUUAGAUUGAACAGAAGAAAAAACUACCAGAACGCCGAUUUUGUAUAUUUUGUAGUUUUAGAGGUCCACUACAAAUAUUGUACUUUUUAUUCAAUUUGUAGCUGAGUUUAUAAUCUUUCAGCUUCUCGAUAUCUCCAAUAGCAGCGAGCUUUAUGAGUUUGACAUAAACGCUUUUGGAUCGCUGGGAGCAGAUCCGGGCAAAAAGGUUCUUCUGUGAUCGCACAAAAAUUAAAAAAAAUUUAUACAUUCAGGUCACCGAAUUGAAAACUUUGAAACUUCACAACUGCAACAUCUCGACUUUGAAUGAAGAAUUGAUUGACUGGGAGAAGGUUGAAAAAAACUUAUUGCUUUUGAUCAUUUCCGGAGUUUCAGCUGGAAAUUUUCACGAUUGGAGGAAACCCGAUUGAUUGCACCUGCGAGACGGCCUUCUUGAUGGAUUCGCCAAAGUUCACGUUCAAAAAUGAUGCUUCGUUCCCAAGGUAUUCUGAAUGAUUUUCUGAAUGGCCAAAAUCCUUCUCCAAAGAGAUUGAAGUUGAAUUUAAAGUAAACUAUUGCGUCCUUAAAUUCCUUCGAAGUUAAAGGGAAUAUAUGAAUUUGAAUUUCAGAUGCGCUUCACCCAAGGAACUGGAAGGAAAAAACGUCGCUACGCUGAAGCCUUACGAGGCAUGUGCUGCAAAGAAAACCGAAGGAAAGCAAAAGAGAAUGACGACGGUUAGAGAGAAAUCAAUAUUUGCCUAGUUGAUCAGAACAUUUUCAGGUGUUCAUGAUGUCAAUGAUCAUGGUGUUUGCGUGUGUGGGCGCUUACUUUGCUUACUCAACCGGACGCUGCUCGAGAAUCGUUACCAAGGUUGGGGAAAGUGGGGAAAAAGAAUAGAUUUCGAAAAACAAGCUCACAAAAACUUUUUUCUCUGAAUCGAUUUGGAAGAUUUAUUUUUUUAAAUUCAAAACUUAUUUUUCAUCAUGAUAUAGCUGAUUCACGGCUGGCUUGAGCCAUCGAAAAAAAUGGUCCUGUCACGAUAAUGCACGAGAUAGCGCCUGGUUCAUGGAGAGCGCAGACAGGACACGCCCCAAGCUGGCCUUGAAUCAGCUAUAAGAUAAAAAAAUGAAAAAUUUCUGAGGCUUGAACAUUUCUUUGGUUACAUAUAAGAAUCAUGGUUAAAUCAUGUUCUUUUUUAAUUAUUGAAUUUUCAGCUCAGAGUCCAAGUUCCCCAGAUGUCCUACUCCAACCUCAACAAUCGCCAGGAAGACACGGUAAUUUUAUAUCUGAGAAUCUUUCUCCAAGCAACAAUUUUCAGCUCAACUUGGACAACGAUUUCGAGCCUCGUCCAGCUGAAGUUUAG